CUGCCCUUGGACCUCGACGACCUCUUCAACACCUAGACUCCCAAGUCCAGUCAUACAAGAUGCUUCAAUGGAGCUCGCGCUGCCUUCCUGGGUUUAGCUUUCUGCUACUGAUAGCCCUUCUCCACCUGGCCUUCUUCGAUAAUGCGGACUGGAACCUCAGGAAAAGUCAGAGGCCAUCGCCACCUAGGAAACCGGUUCAUGAUCCUAACCGUGUACUGACCUUGGCGCAAGCCUUGUUCGCCAUAUACACUGUGGUAAUUCACCUGAACAUGUUUUCCUUCACACUCCGACUUACAUGGUCGCUGUUCUGGGUGACGAGGCGAACGCGGCAGGUUUUUCAAAGGCGCAUCGGGUCCAAUGCGAGCAAACUGGACACUACAGGCGACACCCUCCUGGAUUUCAGCACCUUGCAGGGCUCAGCCAAUGAACAGAUCUUACCAGACUCACGGAGUAUAGACAUAAUUCAUGCCAUUAUUGUCCCCAACUACCGUGAGGACGUGGACACACUUCGGACUACUCUAAACGUAUUGGCAAGCCAUCCACAUGCAAGAUUUCACUAUGAGAUCUACCUUGCCAUGGAGGAGAAAGAGACAAACGCAGUCGAAAAGGCAAUGAAGCUAGCCGCCACGUUCGACGCCUCGUUCCGCACCAUUCAAACCACCUUUCACCCUUCUGGAAUUGACGGUGAGAUUACCGGCAAGGGUUCCAACGUAGCAUAUGCGGCACGUCAUAUUGUCAGUGUCCAUCAUAAGGCCCUGCGAGUGGAAACUUGUGAUGUUAUUAUCACAGUCAUAGAUGCCGAUACCCAUCUUUCCAGGGAUUACUUCACCGAGAUACAGCGCAUUCGUGACUUGGAUCUUCUUAAGGCUGAGCGUACCCUAUACUGCUGUCCCAUCAUAUUUGAUCGAAAUUCACUUGAAAGUCCCGUCCUGGUGCGAUGUGCCGAUCUCCUUUGGGGAUUCGCCGGCUUAUCCACCAUGUACCCAGGGACCAUGCUUGCUAUUCCCACGUCAGUUUACUCGUUACCGCUAUCCCUAGCAGAAAAGGUUGGGGGAUGGGAUAGCGAUCCAACGGCGAUUGGAGAGGACAUGCACAUGCUGCUGAAGUGCUACUUUGAGACUUCGGGUAACUUGAUAACACAGGCCAUCUAUGUCCCCGCCAGUCAGUGUAAUGUUUCGAGCGACGCUCGCCGAGGAUGGCGGUUCUACCUAGAUACAUGCGUUGCUCGAUACAGACAAGCGCUGCGACACAUGUGGGGGGCUCUAGAUUCAGGAUAUGCGGUACGACGGACGAUGGGCCAUCUGCGCUUCCGACGUUGCUUUGUCCUGCGGCCACGCCAGCUAGCUCUCACCCACCUCCUCUGGGAGGCCCAUUUCCUGCCCUGUCAUGUCACGAUCCUUCUGGUGUUCUCCAUGUUCUACACACUAUGCAACCCCAGUGGUCAUAUGCACCCGACCUUGGCAUUCGCAUUCAACUUCACCAAUACCCUUCGUACUUGCUCGUUCGUCGGCAUGAACUUGGCUAUCUCGCUAUACGACCGCUGGCAUCAGAUCUGUGUUGACCGGCGCAUGCAGGACAUGCAUGCCGCUCAAAUCCCUGGCACUGGCUGCUCGCGACGCAAGUGGUACAUGCCGCAGUGUCUGCUAGACCGAGUUAUCUUUCCCAUUUCCGGCACACUGUAUGGCGCCAUCCCCACGUUACAGGCCGCUUUCUCGCAUUUUUGGACUGAUCGGCUGGAGUACCAGGUGAGUAAAAAGCCUAGCUUUGAGCACGAUUCCGCGGCCGAAGCGCCGAUCUGGGCACCGGUCCAUGUUCAAGUUGCUAAUGAGUGUGCUUGA